AUGGCGCGCCCACCGGUGAACCCAGAGAAGUCUGUAGCUGGAAUCGCUGUCGACCCAUACACGCUUGAUCGUGUCAUCCCCGAAUCCCGACGACCCGACGGCACAGUCCGCAAACAGCUCAAAAUCAGGCCAGGGUUUACGCCUCAGGAGGAUGUUCGCCGCUUUCGUGGCACACGACAGGCUGAAAUGGACGCAAGGGCUCUCCCCAAAGGGCACAUCGUCGGAUGGGUGCCUCCCAGUAAUUCAGGUGCAUCGUCGAAGGGAGGAGGCAACUCUGCAAACGCGUUCCCUGCACUCAGCAAGGCGGUGAAUGGGGCUAUCGCUGAUAGAGAGAAGCCCCUUAGUAAGUCCGCCAAGAAGAAUGCAAAGAGGAAGGAGAAGAGGGAGGACAAAAAGGCUGACGGCGCAGCCGCUGUAAAGGAUUCCUGGGAGGACGACGACGACCAGGUGCCAGAGACCAAGGAGACGAAGCCAGCUCCCGAUGUGAAGGAAACAUCGGCGUUAGAUGAGAAGCCAGAGACAGAUAAGAAGCCAGAGAUAUCUUCGUUGGAGGACCAACUCGCCAAUCUCGAAGUCAAGUGA